AUGGAGGUUACCUGUUUAUCCAUUGUCCAGAGACGAACCACCGUACUUCUCAUCACUUGCUUGCAAAUUGCCUCUUUAUUUGUAGUCCUUCCCGUGAAUAGUACCACUUUUAAUGGUACAAACAACAGUGUAGAUAGAGCUGCAUUACUGGCUAUCAAAUCUUUGAUAAGAGACGACCCUCAAGAUGUUACAAGCUCGUGGAACGAAUCGUAUCAUUUCUGCCAAUGGCAAGGUGUAACAUGCAGCUCUCGCCACCGACGUGUCAUUAUCUUAGAUCUUUCUUCAAGCGGUUUAGUGGGAUCGUUGUCUCCUUCGAUCGGAAACAUGAGCUUUUUAAGGACUAUCUUGCUACAAAACAACUCCCUGAGUGGAGAGACCCCUCAGCAAUUGGGUCGUUUAUUUAGGCUACAAGAAUUACGCAUCAAUAACAAUUCUUUUGAGGGGAAUAUUCCAAGCAGCUUAUCAAACUGCUCAAACCUUAAAGUUCUUCACUUGGGUAUCAACAAGUUAGUUGGAAAAAUUCCAUAUGAGUUUGGUUCAUUGACGAUGCUCAGAUUUUUUAUCGUACACAGGAACAAUUUAACGGGUGGGAUUCCAUCCUUCAUUGGGAACCUCUCAUUGCUAGAAACUUUCUCACUUGGUGGUUGUAACUUGGUUGGAAGCAUUCCAGAUAUUUUUCAUCGUCUUAAGAACCUCAAAAGGCUUGCAUUUCCGGACAAUGAGCUUGUCGGUACCAUUCCACCUUCUAUAUAUAACCUCUCACUGUUAGAAUCUUUAUUUCUCGAUAAUAACCAUCUUCAUGGUACACUGGAAACAAACUUAGUUUUCUUGCAGCCUCGUAUUCAAGAAAUAUCUGUGCCAAAUAACCAACUUACAGAUUCAGUGGCAAAAUAG